CUGGGAGACAUUGUGCAGGACACCCUGCAGCGCUCUGAGGGAUUUUCCGAGACGUUUUUGUCUGUUUGUUUACCUUGUCUUUGAGCCUAUGUCAUGGCACACCAAGCAUACCAACCUGUGCGCCCUUGUGUAAGCAAGUACCUGCAGUACAAAUGGGAUCAGAGCACCUAUGACAUGCACCAGAAAAAGGUGUCAUCUGCAAAAGCAACCAUUAGUAGAACUCCACCGAAAACCUAUGACCACCUAAUCAGCAAAACAAAAAAGAAGAAGCUUGAGGAAGACCGCAUGUCCAUAAUCGAAAGAGAUAACAACAUGCUUCUGGAGAAGAUUUCUCACAUCAUGAGGACAACUGGACGAAUUGACAACACAAAUAACUACAUUAGUAAAAGACUUGGCAGUGCAAAAAGGCAACAGGAUCUCCUGCAUAUCACAGAGGAAAACCUGAGAAUACUGCACCGUUUGGCGCAGUGUGGACCCAACUACAGUAUUCAACUGUGGCGAGAUGAUUGGGUCAGGACCUGCACACUAAUGGAGAGCAUUGGAAGAUAUCCUCGUAUGAACUCAGUACAGUCCCUGAAGGGUGAUGAACGGUCUGUCAAAAGAGGCGUCAAAGGUCACAAAACCACUCAACCUGAACCAGAACAGAACAGUGACAGUGGUGUUGUGGAGAGGCAUGAGUGUAUGGAGCCUUGUGUUGUUAAGGAUGACAGCAGUUCACAAGAGGAAAAGGAGGCCAGCAACCAGCAGGGUCCAGAGAAUCAUCAGGAGAGUGCUGAUAAUGCUGAUUGAGAAACCAGACCUGAACAACAACAAC